ACAAAGAUAUUCUGGAUGGUUUACUGUCUAACAGCUAUUAUUAGUUAUAUGUUUGAAUAAAUAUGGUAUUUGAAAUGUUUGCACUUUAAAUUUUACUUUAAAAAUAAAGUUACCACAAACUUUAAAGCUGCUAUGCCCAAAAACGGAGUUCCCUUGUUAUGACGUCAGACGUACCUCGGUAACCUUCGCAGAAUCCAGACUCUAUCAAUCAAAAUCGGAAAAUCAUCGAUGUGAUUACAUUUCACGUGCAUGUACGACUCCAGAUAUUAAAAUCGCGCUAUUCCAUCUCAUUUGAUCAGCAUAAAAUAUUUUUGUGAUUUUUCUGUCUCCGUGUUUUCCCCGGGAGACGCGGACAGACGCGCGUCCCUCUCUCUACGCUCGAUUAAAAUGGCUGCUCCUUUGCUGUAACCUCGCCAUGGCGUCGUGUCUCUGCUGUCUCAGUAACAGAAAGUGGCCGCCUUUCUGCUGCUGCUGCCGACUCAAAGCUCACAGACUCGCCUGGUGCCUCGAACCGCCAUUUUGGAGUCAGAGAACCGAGAGUCGGCAGCAGCGACGAGAGGGACUGAAAGGCGGACACGGGGCUGAGGUGUUACCUUACUGGGGGAACCCUCAUGAUCGCAAAGUGAUUCGCAAAUUUUGGAGCCAGAAAACUCUAUACACACAAAACGCACCUUUCCACGUGGUGAUAACGAGCUACCAGCUGGUAGUCCAAGAUGUCAAGUACUUCCAGAGGGUCAAGUGGCAGUACAUGGUUCUGGAUGAGGCCCAGGCGCUGAAAAGCAGCUCCAGCGUUCGAUGGAAGAUCCUUCUGCAGUUUCAGUGUCGAAACAGACUCCUGCUGACUGGAACGCCCAUCCAGAACACAAUGGCUGAGCUGUGGGCCCUGCUGCACUUCAUCAUGCCCACGCUAUUCGAUUCCCACGAAGAGUUUAACGAGUGGUUCUCCAAGGACAUUGAGAGCCACGCCGAAAACAAGUCUGCUAUUGACGAGAAUCAACUCUCCAGAUUGCACAUGAUCCUAAAGCCGUUCAUGCUCCGAAGGAUCAAGAAAGACGUGGAAAACGAACUCUCAGACAAAAUUGAGAUCCUGACCUACUGCCAGCUGACAACCCGGCAGAGGCUGCUCUAUCAGGCUCUGAGGAACAAGAUCUCCAUCGAGGAUCUGCUGCAGUCCUCCAUGGGGACAGCCCAGCAGGCCCACAGCACCACGUCCUCACUUAUGAACCUGGUCAUGCAGUUCAGGAAGGUUUGUAACCACCCUGACUUAUUUGAGCGCCAGGAGACACGCUCUCCUUUCCACAUGUCCCUAAAGCCCUACGUCAUGCCAAAGUUCCUCUACCGCCACAGCCUCAUCCAUGAACAUAACCAGGUCAAGAACAAGCUGCUUCAAGUGCUGCUGUCUCCCUUCUCUCCUUAUCACAUCCAGCAGUCUCUUUUUCACAGGAAAGAUGAUGACAAAGGAAGCUGCUUCUCCUUUUUGCGUUUCAUCGAUGUGUCACCAGCUGAGAUGUCCAAUAUGAUGUUGCAAGGCACUUUAGUCAGAUGGUUAGCUCUUUUUCUAUCCCUGAAAGCUGCGUACCGGCUCUACUAUCAGCGCCUGUUCAGCCAGGAGGAAGAGGGGUUGCAGCCCAGGAGUGCACAUCUGUCUCGCAAAAACCUGAUUCUUUGGCUCGACAGGCCCUUCACUUUCCCCAACACACAAAGCAGCCCCAUCUUACAGGAUUUGGUGUUCACAGCCUCCAGACCUGGAAUGUUGGCUCAYGCCGACGUAAGGAUCCACAGCAGAAGCACCGCCACCUCUGUGCUCCGGCCCUGUCAGCGCGUCCUGCCACCCAAGUUCCUGUUGGCCGCCACGCCCAAGGUGACGGCAGUUCCCAUGGAGCGUUACUGCGCCGACAGGAGCGCUGAGUACGAGUGGCGGGUGACGCGCAGCGGCGGGGGGGCGAUGUACAAGCAGUGCUUUCUGUACGGCUCGCCUGAACUGGCCUCGGAUUGGUGCGCGAGGGCCAACGCCUUCUACCCUCAAAGCCCCGGGGGGGUGAUGGCCCUGGAGCCUCGUCAUGGCUGGUCCUUCAUUCGGAUCCCUGAUAAGGAAAGCCUGAUCACAGAAAGUGGCAAGCUUCACACUUUGGACAUCUUGUUGAACCGGCUAAAGGCUCAGGGACACCGGGUCCUAAUCUACUCCCAAAUGACUCGCAUGAUUGACCUGCUUGAGGAGUACAUGGUGUAUCGUAAACACACCUACAUCCGUCUCGAUGGAUCCUCCAAGAUUUCGGAGCGCAGGGACAUGGUGGCUGACUUCCAGAGCCGUACGGACAUCUUUGUGUUUCUGCUCAGCACGCGGGCCGGAGGACUCGGCAUUAACCUGACAGCCGCUGACACCGUUAUAUUUUACGACAGCGACUGGAACCCCACAGUGGACCAGCAGGCAAUGGACCGGGCUCACAGACUGGGUCAGACCAAACAAGUCACCGUUUACCGCCUGAUCUGUCAGGGCACCAUCGAGGAGAGGAUCCUGCAGCGCGCCAAGGAGAAGAGCGAGAUACAAAGGGUGGUCAUCUCUGGAGGUAACUUUAAACCCGAUACCCUCAAGCCUAAAGAGGUGGUCAGCCUGCUGUUGGACGAUGAUGAGCUGGAGAAGAAACUGCGUCUAAGGCAGGAGGAGAAGAGGCAGCAGGAGGAGAGCAGCAAGGUGAAGGAGCGAAAGAGGAAGAGGGAGAAGUACGCUGAGAAGAAGAAGAACGAGGAGUUUGAGAACAAACGGAAGAAGGAGGCGAACCUGGUCAUCCCCCACGCCCCCUCGGCUGACAACUCCAACCUGUCGGCGGACGGAGACGACUCCUUCAUCAGCGUUGAGUUAGACUCAGCCAUGCCCAGUCCUUUCAGUGAGAUCUCCCUGAGCAGCGAGCUCCAGCCCGGCUCGCUGCCCCCGGACGCCGACGCAGACGAGAGCAGCAGCGACAUGCUGGUCAUCGUGGACGAUCCGGUUUCUUCCGCGCCUCAGUCUCGCGCCACCAACUCCCCAGUUUCCAUCUCCGGCUCGGUUUCUGACAACAUGAACGGUAUUUCAGCCUCGGACACAAUCAGCCCCGGCAGAGGUAGGUCCAGUCGGAGUCGUGGACGGCCCAAAGGCUCCGGAGGCGGGGCUAAGUCUGGAGGGAAAGGACGCGGGCGGAAGUCCACAGCCGGGAGCGCAGCAGCUAUGGCCGGAGCCAUGGCCGGAGCAGCAGCCGCUUCAGCUGCAGCUUAUGCUGCUUACGGCUACAGUGUCUCCAAAGCCGGCCUCUCAGCUUCCAGCCCUCUGCAGCCCUCUCUGGCCCGGGCGGGGAGCAGUCCCGCCUUCAAGCCCAGUCAGAGCUCUUCUCCUCACGCCAAAGGRGGACCCGGGCCCACCCUGAGCCCCCACACCAAGCUGAGCCACGGCCACCAUCACAGCAGCCACGGCGCAGUCAGGAAGGGGAAGGGCCCCGCUGGUCCUGGGGCUCGGUGACAUCCUUCACGCCUUCACUCACGUGUCAACGUCACACACACACACACACACACACACACACACACACACACACACACACACACACACACACACACACACACACACACACACACACACACACACACACACUGAUAACUGACCUGCUUAUCACUGUGAAUCCCACAGAUGCCCUCUGCCUCAGCUAAUAAAAAAGACAGUAUUUACAGUGACUGAGCAGCAGCUUUCCUACAAUGUUUCCCUCUCGUUCAUUAUUCCACGUUUAGUUCAGUGUAUUUGGGACAGAAUCAGUCACAGAUUUAAAGUGACGUGCACCUUUAAAGGGCUUUUUUAAGAUGAAGUCAACACAGCUCCUGUCAGACGCACUGAGCCACGUCUUCCAUGUUGUUUAUCUUCUGGUGUUCCCGAGUUUCAGAAAUGUUCCCUCGGGUAUUUAUUUGUUUCCCUGCUCACACACAUAAGAACCAAACAGAAGAAGAAAUCCACAGCUUUUCUACUAAAACUCUUAUUUUUGUAAUAAAAGGAUUUAAACACACACACACCAGUGUGGUGGGUGGUGUGAAAGAAAUUUAAUUGAUUUUCCAGAAUUUUAUUCCAAACUGAAACGAAAGUCAAUUAUAUUUUCUCUCGGAUAGAAAUAAAAAAAAUUAUAAUAAUAAUCAGCUGCUUACUUUAAAAUUAACAAACUGACUCAUAAUUUGGUUGUCUGAAAUAAGUUAUUUAAGUCUAAAAAUAGGUGAUUUGUAACGCCGAGUGUGGAAAAUGGUCUCCUGUAAAACUGUAAAUUCAGUUUUUCUUUUAGCAGGUUUUUUUUUCUUCGUGAUGAGAAGUCUGUGGUUCUCCUUAAAGUUUUAAAAUAAAAACUUUAAGUGUUUCGACUCGAGCGCGACGUCCGUUCUCAGUUUCUGUUUCUUUUCUGUUUAUAUAAUGUGAUUAACGAUAUCAACUGAUGUAUAUAAUAAGAGCGACACCUGUGGCUUGUUUCCUCGUUUGCCUGUUUAUUUUUAUAUGUUGUGUAUAUUUGAAAACAAAAAAAGAAAACAGAAUGUCAUUUUACCAACRCGAGGAGUUCAGUGAAAAUAAACGUGUUUAUUUUGAAACCCUU